CGCAGAAACUGCGCACACCACUGGCACCAGUCAGUACAGUACUCAGUAGCGCUCUCGCCGGCGAGCAUUGUGUAUCACAAUUCUCUUGAUUUCGGCAAUCGAAGUGUGCUCAUUUUUUGAUAAUUCUACUAUGCUCCUCAUCAUCACGAAUGCGCAAUUGAGGACGUCUAUAUUAAUUCAGGAACUUUGAGCGACAUUCAACGGCAAGGUGUAUCAAACGGAGCUCAUAGCAGAAUUUUUUACAGCAAAGUUCAAAGCAGGUAACGGUUGGCCAAAUGAAGGACAUGGAUAGUGUGAGCAAAUUGGUGUUGACCGGUAUUGAAUCGGCCGCGCAAAUGUCCGUGGGACAGGCAAUUCUCAGGAUGGUCGACAAAAUCAUGUGGGUGAUUGAGAAAUCGAUGCAAUGGAGCUUACCUGCUCCGGAAAACGUCACCGUCGGCUUGUUCACAGAGGAGAACGGCAAGUCGUUCGGAAAACCCGAGCUAGUUCGGCCACUUCCAUGGAUUGUCUUUUUACCAACGAUUCUUAUGCUGCGUGUGUUUCGUGCUAGCAUAAAUGCGGUGGUAGUCAUCCUUGGCUACCCUACAGUCGAACCAUCUGACAUGAUUCGUGUUGUUCAAAGGGGCCGCAGACGUCUGAGGACAAUCAAAACCAGUGCAUUGAAGAGUAUAAGACAAAAUCAAUCUUCGGUUGCCCAGGAUAGGCCAAUGAGCAUGAAAGAAGCAAGUAAGAGCUUGGCCAAAUCUAUAAGAUUGACUCUUUCUACACUGUCUUGUUUGGAUGCUGGAUCUAAAUCGUCUCCGUCACCGCCUCCGACUAAAAUUCGCGUUUCUAACUAUCUUGACAUGUCAACACCAAUGCCGGAAGGAAACAUGCAAAAUGAAAAUAAACUUAACAGCCCAAAAGGAGACGUUAAACGCAAGUAUUCCGAACUUUCAGAUGACAGCUCAGAAGACGAUUUCGAUGACGAGGAGACUCUAAUUGCUAGAAUUGAAAGAUUGGCUAAUGAAUCUGGCAGUGAUGAAAGUUACAAUCCUAAUGUAAGCAAUUCUGAUGUAAGUAUUUCCACUGACUCGGACCCAGACGUGAGCAUUACAAUAAGCGAAGUUGAAGAAUUAAAUAUAAACGGUUCGGAUGACGAAUCAACUCAACGUGAAAAUCCUGCAAAAGAAAAAGCGCAAGAAGACAGCGAAAAGAAAAAAUCCAGCAACGAGGCUGAAACUGAUAAAAAUCUGCAAGUGAUGGAAAGGCCUCAGCAGUUGGCCAUCUCAGGGUGGGGAAAUGGGUCCGGAGAGACGUACGUUUCUGGGAAUGGGGUAGGUGGCGAUACCGAUGCUACCUAUUAUUCACCGAUCAGCUGGAAGAGUAUUUCUCCAGAUUAUUCUCCCGAUAACAAGGAUGAUCAAAUAGACAUUGAGAAAAAACCAGAAGAGUUAAGCAAUGGAGAAGUAAAUAAAAAAGAAAAGAAAAAUCACGACAGGAAUGAAGCGGGCAUUCAAAGUGAUGAAACGGUGGUUAACGGAUUAACUAAGGAAAAAAAAACCUCAACGUCGUCGCAAAGUGGUGGUAGUCAAAAACACCAUAAGCACAAACGAGGCAAUCACGGUCAUCGAAAGAAAAAGUAAAUUGUCGAAAUUCAGUGCCAUGAUUAGCACCAUUGUCAUUUUAAUAGACAUGCAUCUUCAAAGUGAAUAAAAUUGAUUUUUCUGUAAAUAUGCGAAGAUGGUUUAACGUGUUCAGCAUUAUACCAAUAGAAAUUUUCAUUUAUAUUAUAAAUUGUUUAUCUAUUCAUACUUAGUUUUAUUCAAGUCAAGUUUAAUUAUUGUCGUUUUAAUUUCUUUUUAACUGCGCACCUUAUUUAGUUAAACUAAAAAAGGUAUAUUUAUAACACACAUACUUUAUAGAUCAAUGUCCGUUCUUCCAUUUUAUUUUUUAAUAAAAAUAUAAAAAAUAAAUUUCUCAGUGGAUUAUUUUAUAAUGAUGUUCAAGUACUCAUUU